AUGUUGAAUGUUACGCAAUUUCUUUUGAAGCAGGGGUUGUCUUUCCGUGGACAUGAUGAGUCAAGUAAUUCUUUAAAUAGAGGAAACUUUCUUGAAUUGCUUCAAUGGUACAGUCAACGAAAUAAGGAAGUUUCAAAGGUUGUUAAUCAAAAUGCUCCCGGAAACAAUCAAAUGAUUUCUCCAGCAAUUCAAAAAGACCUUACGCGUGCUUGUGCCUCUGAGAUAACACUUUCUAUAAUCGAAGAUAUUGGAAACAAUGUUUUCUCCUUAAUGGUUGAUGAAUCUCGAGACAUUUCAGUGAAGGAGCAAAUGAGAGUUGUUUUGAGAUAUGUUAACAAAAGAGGACAGGUGAUUGAACGAUUCCUUGCAAUUGUACAUGUAUCUGACACUAGCUCUCGUUCUUUCAAGGAUGCUAUCGAUGCUUUAUUUGUGAAACAUGGAUUAUCAUUAUCUAGACUGAGAGGUCAAGGAUAUGAUGGAGCUUCAAAUAUGCGGGGUGAAUUCAAUGGGUUGAAAUCUCUCAUUUUGCAAGAAAAUCCAUAUGCAAGGUAUAUUCAUUGUUUUUCUCACCAAUUACAGUUAGUUAUUAUUGCUGUUGCCAAGAGUAAUCUCAAUGCAAAUAAAGUCAACACAUUUUGUGAGUUGAAUGAGAUCCCAGUGCCGGAUAUGAAAGACAAUUGUUUGAUUGGUGGUCGUAGUAGACGUAGAAGGCAAGCCAUCGCCAAUUUACAUUAUUAUCGUGUGGAGAUUUUCUAUCAGAAACUUGUUCGACUUUGUGAUUUAUAUCCUGAGGACUUCUCAACAAAUGAUUGUAUAGUUAUUGAACAACAACUUCAGAAUUUCAUUCAUAAUAUACGACAGGAUCCAAAUUUUUCUAGAAUUGAAGAUUUGGGGAGUUUUGCUCAGAAAAUUAUUGAAACUCUAAAAAAUCAAGUUUAUCCAUUGGUUUAUCGUCUGAUUGAGAUGACAUUAGUUUUACCAGUUGCGACCACUUCUGUUGAAAGAGAAUUUUCUACGAUGAAGACUGAUUUACGUAACAGAAUGGGAGACGAGUGGAUGAAUGACAGUCUAGUUGUAUACAUCGAGAAAGAUAUCUUUUCAACAAUUGAAAAUGAGCAAAUAUUGUAG